AUGGCGUCGUUCGCUGACGGGGUCGAUGCCCUGGACGGCCUCAUCGAGGAAGCACUGUCGCCAGCAGAUGGGCCUGUCGGAAUGGUAGACGUGACCCUCGAGAAGUUCAUUGUUAUUGGUAUGACUGUGUGGCUGUAUCUAAAACCUCGCCAAGUAGGCAUCCACCCUUCAAACAGGCAUGGAUUGGGCGCCAAGGCUUACGAGGUGCACAGGCUGGGGGCCAAGAUCGUGAGGAACAAAUUUAGUUUCGCGGCAACGGCUGGUUCAGUUUGCAUCGAAGAUAAGAAUGGCACGAUUGCACAGUAUACCCAGGAGUUCCAGAGAUCGUCGAAUCUGUUUGGCAAAUCCCCGCCCGAAUCGAUUAUCGCAGGGAGCGUGAGCUCUGGGCAUGCGAAUCCGUUCCUGGUGGCUUGCUUAGAGAGAGCUGGGACGAAGGAGAAAACGUUGUCCGACAUCGACGGUUUGAUCCAGUCGGCAAAGCAGGCGACGGGCCAGGUGCAGAGUGAAGAAACGCAUUUCGAGCUCUUGCUUCACAUCCAGGCCAUUGCAUCCGAGCAGGGGCGCGACGGGUCCGCAAUCGACUGGGCGAGGGUGAAGACCGAGGCGAGCAAAUCGGAAUCGAAGUGCGUUGGCGAUAUCGACGCACGCGCUGACUUCGUGGCGAAAUAUGGCGGGGGGUCCCAGGGCCAGUUCAUCAAGGACCUCGUGCAGUUCGGGUCAAGGUGCGCGCCCGCUGGGCGCCUGGUGGGCGGGUGCGCGUUCGAGACAUCGUGCAAGGCAAAGCUCGCGGCGACGGAGAUGAUGCUCCACCUGGUAAUGGCCGUCGCCAAGGCUCACGUGAACGGCAUCUUCAGCGUUUCCAGGCAGAUCGAUAUCGAUGCGAUUGAACGCAUUCCGAUCAUAGGUAAGGCCGACCAAUUGAUAGCAAUGUUGUUGUUAGGGAAAAAGGUGGAUGAACGAUGCGCAAACACCGAGUGCGUCGCUCACGAGUGCAUCGAGGCAUUGAAGGCAAAGCAAAAUGGUACCAUCGAGAUCGACAAUCCGUAUACCUGCCAGUCGGCCCAGAACGACAGCGGUGCCGAUGGGGACUCCGUCAAGCAGACCCUCUUCAGUGGCAUGCUGCAGUACGACGCCAGCACGGGGGAGCUGGCGAACGCUAACAUCUGCAUAUUGGAGCAGAGAGGGUUUAAGGUUGAUGACACCAUCAAGCUGAAGAAGGUGAUGCAGAAUGGCUCCUUGCACCGCAUCGUUAUUCGGUGCCCCAUUCCAAAGUUCAUCGAGAAGUACUGCGGCACGAGAGCCACGAAAGAGUUGCUCGCUGGGUGGCCCGAUGACGCAGCUUCUAAAUCUACCGAUCUCGUCGCGAUCAACAUCAAGUCAGCAAUUGCUAUGGCCAUGGUAUAUCUGACGUCGAAAUUCGAAGCCGAUGGGGGCGAUCUGAUGGCAGUCAGCAAAGCCAACGUGGGCAUUUUCUCUAGGAAGAAGUUCCAGGCGAAAAAGUUGAUCAUCGUGCCGACGGCUCUGACCAUCAAGCAGUGCGGCGAGAGCGAUCGCCCCUACUUCGAUGUGCCCAGCCCUGAUGAGAGGAUCGCGGGGCCCUCCGCCCUCUCGGACCCCGGCGCUAAAGCGCCGAGCCUUGCUUUCAAGAUCAGGCGCGUGGACAGCGCGGAGUCGAAGCCGAAUUGCGCCAUCACUAAGCACUCGGUGGCCGUAUGUGUGGGCAACGCUAAAGUGUGCGAUAUCAAGAUCCCCGUAGUCACCAACGUCAUGGUUCUGAGCGUUGGAGACGAGCUCACGCUUCCCAAGGUCGCGACCGCUGCCCCGAAGAGGCCCCCUCCGCCGACCAUCGAGGCGUCCACCAUGAAGAAAGUAGCGCGCAGCGGCCACAGUCGCGCCCUCGAGUUGCUGCUGUUGGACGGCGACGAGCUUUUCGAGAAGGCCAGACCGCUCCUGGACAGGCGACAAGAACUACAGGCGCGACAGGGCGCCGGAGAGGCCGACGACCGCGAACAGCGGGAGCUCAGCCGCUUGCUCGAGGAGCUGGAGGUGAUCUCCUGCGCGCUUGCUGAACUAGAGGACAGCAAGGCUUGGCGCGAGCAGCGUCUCCAGGACACCGACGGGGCGCCACCGGGCCACUCGCAGCGCGGCGCUGCGAGCUCAGCGGCUGCUCCAAGCCGCCCCAGGCCGUCCGUCGCGCCCCAGCGGCAGCGCGAGGCCGCGACCGUCGGCAGCGCCGGAGCGCGCAGCGCGGCGCCGCUCUCGCUCGAGGAGCAGGCCAUCGUGCAGGUGGCAGGACGCGGCGCCAUGGCGACUGUAGAAGAUCAGAUACGGGAGCAGCUGCGUCAGCAAGACCAGCAGAUCCGUGAGCUCGUUGCCACUGUUCAACAGCUGAGGGCGGCGCCGGCGCCGCAGCCAGCGCAGCCAGCGCAGCCUCUCGUGCAGCUUCAGCCUGCUGUAGACACGCGCCUCAUCGGCAAACCAGAGCUGUUCUACGGGGAGCGCGCAAAAUGGAGCGACUGGGCUUUUAUCUUUCGAGCGCACUUAGCAACGAUAGAUACAAAGUACCCGGCGUUGUUGGACGAAGCGGAGGCUUCGGAGGUGGUGUUCAGGAACGUAGACCUUGACCAGCCGUGGAAGGCGUCACUAAGUUCGCAGCUUUGCUACUUGAUGGUGAUGCUGUUCCGGUCAGCAGCCCAGGACAAAAUGUCCACCGUGUCCUCCGGAGAGGGACUGGAGGCAUGGAGACAGUCGGUCCUUGACUGGGACCCCAAGAUCCGCACGAGGCGGGUCGGGUUGCUGAUCAAGAUACUCACCGCGAAGUUCAGCGGGGACAUCCCGCAGAGCUUAGAUCAGUUUGAACAUCUGAUCUGCGAGUACGAGCAGCAGUCGAAAAAAAGGUUGGAAACUUGGAAGGCCAUGAAGGAGGAGCUGCUCGACAUGGCGCGAACCACGCAGUACCUGAACUCCCAGCCCAAACCUAUGGAGCUAGGAAAGGACGCCAAGGGAGCCCCGAAGGCCAAGGCAAAGGCGGAAGCCAACAAGGAGAAGGAGUGCUUCUACUGCCACAAGAAGGGGCACAUCGCCGCGGAGUGCAGGAAGAAGGCGAGGGACAACCAGGUUAGGCUGGCAGCGGCCCCUGAGGCCGCGCAGCUGGGCGGUGCAGGACCCCCACCUACGGCGCAACCGGUGGCUGGUCUCAUGCAGAUCGGGCAGGAGGAGGUGCAGCAUGGGUACUUGAUGCCAUUAUGCUCACCGAGCGACUCCGGCGAAAUGCUGGUCCCCAUGCCUCAGAGAGUCAUGGUCGACACAGGUGCUGGCAGGUCCGUGUGUCCGGCUGGUUUUGACCCCCGGGCAGAGCCGGACAGCUCUGUCAAACCAACCACGCUGACGACGGCGACGGGGGAAGAAGUGAACCUUUCGGACGGGAAGAGGUCUCACUUCCAGGCAAACGACGGCAGUGGCGUUGUCUUGCGGUACAGUGACAGCGACAAGCUAACCCAUCUGCCGUUCAGGUCGUGGUGUGAAAGCUGCGUCACAGGCAAGGCCGCCGAAGACCCCCACCGGCAGCUCCAGCAGGCUCCCGACGGAGCAACGCCGAAAGUGUGCAUGGAUUACCUUUUCCUCACGCAGAAGGCGGUGGAGAAGGAGAUGUACGCUGUGUUGAACGUGCUGGACGCGAAGUCCGGCGCCCCGUUUUCAGGCAUGGUCAACCAAAAGGGUGACGACGACUAUGCGUUGGCAAUCGCCCACGAAGGAGUGCGCUUCGCAGGCAGGACAAACUUGAUUGCAUGUUGUGAUGGCGAGAGCGCUAUCAACAAGCUGUGCGACAAAUUUCUGGAAACCCGGCCUUCCGGACAUACUGUCACGAAGGUGAACACACCGAAGGGCAGUAGUCAGAGCGCAGGGCUGAUUGAGCGCAGCAAUUACGAGGUUGAGAAGGAGUACAGGGCCGUGAAGCACAGGCUGGAGUCCGUCUACAAGCAGGCGUUCCCACUCAGCCACAAGGAGGACUCCCAGUCGAAGAGGUCCCGGCUAGUCGCCGGCCUGCCGACUCUCCACGAGCCAGCUGUAGUGGCAGCUGCUUUUGGGACGUGCGUGUGUUUUCUGGCAGCGGCACCUGAUGCCGACAGCAGCGACCCACAAGUAUGCCCUGUACAGAUGGAGUGGGACAAAGAUUUCUUCUCCACGAAAGCAGGCAUUAAACUGGACCCCCAGAAAGUGCUAGAGGGUAAGAUCCGCGAGAUGACCCAAAUAGAAGCCUACAAGGUGAAGGAGGACAUCCCAUGGUCCACAGCCAGAGAAAGAAAACUGAAAGUUGUCAACUCGAAGUGGCUGCUUGAACCCAAACCAACAGCUGAAGACCCGGAGGCGGUACGGGCCAGGCUGGUAGCAACAGAGGUCAACACGUAUGCGCGCGAAGACGUGACACAAAGCACACCUCCGGUGAAAGUCUUCCGGAUCAUUGUGUCGUUGGCCGCGUCCAAGCAGAGGGCGGACGGGUCAUGGUCUAGGCUCGUGGCUGGGUACGAUGUCUCGGUUGCUUUCUUCCACGCAGACAGCGACGGCACGACGAUCCGCUGGACCACGUCCGGUUUUGAGUGGGAGUGCAACCCGCAGCACAUCCUUGAUCUCGUCGAGCUCCAGGGCCUCACACCGGGAGUGUCCAAGGGUGUGAGCACGCCAGCGUCCAAAGACACCGGGAAGGGCGACAGAGACGUCCACGAUCCCCUUGGGAGGGACGACGCGGUGCUCUUCAGGACAGGAGCGGGGACGCUACAGUACCUCGCAGAGGACACGCCCACGGUCAAGUUUGCAGCCUCAGGGAUCAUGGAGGGGAUGACGGCGCCUCUCAAGAUUCACCAGAUGAGGCUGGCACGCUGCAGCCGGUACCUGUUGGACCACCCAGGAGAAGUGUGGCUCUUCGACUACCAGAACAUGCCUUUAUCUCUUACGGAGUACUGCGACUCAGACUGGGCAGCAGACCGAGAGACGAGGAAGAGCAUGAGUUGUGUGGUCGAGAGCUUCGGGAAGCAUUUGAUUGAUGUAAGCGUAUCGAAACAGUCUCUCCUGGCCCUCUCGAGCGGGGAGGCAGAGUUCUAUGCCAUCAUCAAAGGAGCAGCACAGGGCGUGCAGACAAGCCAGGUGAUUGAAUCUCUCGUUGGCCGCGAGUGCAAGCUAGAUGUGCUGAGCGACUCGUCAGCAGCGCGGGGAAUCGGCAACCGGCAAGGGAGUGGUAAGGUGAGGCACCUGUCCGCGAAAGACCUCUGGCUGCAGUCAUUCUUCCGUGACAACCGCGGCAACCUGAAGAAAGUUGACACGGAGGUAGUGGGCCCUGAGUCCGCAAGCAACACCAAGCAGUGGACCCUGAGUCCGCGACCAACAGCGGGGCUUGACUCCGCACGCGAGGACGCUGCGCACGCCUAG